GACACUUGAAAAGGCCGGGCGGUGUAUGUGGCAUCUCAGUAGAGCUGGAGAGGAGGCGAGAGGGAGUGCUGAGCGGCGGGAGCGCGGCUGUCACUGCGCCCGAGCAUCCCUGAGCCGGCCGUGCGGGCAGCCGCAGCCCCAAGCCCCUCGCCGAGCCCAGUCCCGCGCGCACGCGCGCGCCCAGGACUUAGCACAAAGCACGUUUCCCCGGCAGCGCGCCGCCGCCGCACGCACCCCUCCCCUCCUUUGUUCCGGGGGUGGGCGGCCGCUCUUUCCCCCACACUUUCGGAAUCUCCUCUCGGGGUGGCGGGCCACCGAGUGCAGCUGCGAAGAUGCCCUUGGAGCUGACCCAGAGCCGGGUGCAGAAGAUAUGGGUGCCCAUCGACCACCGGCCCUCCUUGCCCAGAUCCUGUGGGCCAAAGCUGACCAACUCCCCCACGGUGAUUGUUAUGGUGGGCCUCCCUGCCCGGGGUAAGACUUACAUCUCCAAGAAGUUGACUCGCUACCUCAACUGGAUUGGCGUCCCAACAAAAGUGUUCAAUGUGGGAGAGUAUCGCCGUGAGGCUGUGAAGCAAUACAGCUCCUAUAACUUCUUCCGCCCUGACAAUGAAGAAGCCAUGAAAGUCCGAAAGCAGUGUGCCUUAGCUGCCUUGAGAGAUGUCAAGAGUUACCUGACAAAGGAAGGGGGACAAAUUGCAGUUUUUGAUGCCACUAAUACCACUAGAGAGAGGAGACACAUGAUCCUUCAUUUUGCCAAAGAAAAUGAUUUCAAGGCAUUUUUCAUCGAGUCUGUGUGUGAUGACCCUACAGUUGUAGCCUCCAACAUCAUGGAAGUGAAAAUCUCCAGCCCGGAUUACAAAGAUUGCAACUCAGCAGAAGCCAUGGACGACUUCAUGAAGAGAAUCAGUUGCUAUGAAGCCAGCUACCAGCCCCUCGACCCUGAUAAAAGUGACAGGGACUUGUCGCUGAUCAAAGUGAUUGAUGUUGGCCGGAGGUUCCUGGUGAACAGAGUCCAGGACCACAUCCAGAGUCGAAUUGUGUACUAUCUGAUGAACAUCCACGUACAGCCCCGCACCAUUUACCUUUGUCGGCAUGGCGAGAAUGAAUACAACCUGCAGGGCAAGAUUGGGGGCGACUCAGGCCUGUCCAGCAGAGGCAAGAAGUUUGCCAACGCUCUGAGCAAGUUUGUUGAGGAGCAGAACCUGAAGGACCUCCGGGUGUGGACCAGCCAGCUGAAGAGCACCAUCCAGACGGCAGAAGCACUUAAACUCCCUUACGAGCAAUGGAAGGCACUCAAUGAGAUCGAUGCUGGAGUCUGUGAGGAGCUUACCUAUGAGGAGAUCAGAGACACGUACCCUGAGGAGUAUGUGCUGCGUGAGCAGGACAAAUACUACUACCGCUACCCGACGGGUGAGUCCUACCAGGACCUGGUUCAACGCUUGGAGCCAGUGAUCAUGGAGCUGGAGCGCCAGGAGAACGUACUGGUCAUCUGCCACCAGGCUGUCCUGCGCUGCCUGCUGGCCUACUUCCUUGAUAAGAGUGCAGAGGAGAUGCCCUACCUGAAAUGCCCCCUUCACACUGUUCUGAAACUGACACCUGUUGCUUACGGUUGCCGUGUGGAGUCCAUCUACUUGAAUGUGGAGUCUGUGAGCACACACCGGGAGAGGUCAGAGGAUGCAAAGAAGGGACCUAACCCGCUCAUGAGACGCAAUAGUGUCACCCCACUAGCCAGCCCCGAGCCCACCAAAAAGCCUCGCAUCAACAGCUUUGAGGAGCAUGUGGCUUCCACUUCUGCUGCCCUGCCCAGCUACCUGCCCCCGGAAGUGCCCACGCAGCUACCCGGACAACCUUUGCUAGGGAAAGCCUGUCUACGAACUGUCUGUCACAUUUUCUCAAAGUUUUCUCCUUACUAACCUUGGAAAGAACAUGAAAGGCUCCUGGAGCAGUGCCGACUACUCCAAGAAACAUUGAAUGAAGCAAACACAUCUUAUUCCAUUCUGCUUCCAUUUCUGCAACUUAGCUUGUGCUCUCCCAUCUGCCCAAGGCCAAAGUGAUCCCAAGGACUUCAUCUACACCAGAGUGAGUGGAGGAGAAGGGGCAUCUGUUGGUUUGAAGAGCAGCUACACCCCGUAGCAUGAGAAUGGCUGAGACACCAGAAGGCCAUGUGGAUCGCUAAAUCCUGUGGCAGUGAGCUGGCAGCCUCUCCACCCUCUGCUCUCCUGGGUCUUCAGGGCUGGUUGGCCUCCCAGACCCUCAGGAAGGCUUGGGGAGGAUGAAGAAUAGUGGAGGAGCUGAGAGGCCCUGAGAAAAGUACACUGGGCCCUUUUGUGCUGUUUUGUUUUGUUUUAUUUCUGUGAUCCUACCCUGGCAUGAUCCUAGCUGGGGAGACAAGACUGGCAAAGGAUCUUGAAACUAGAGGAGGACUAGAUCCUAAUUGCUGAAGGCCAAGGGCUGUUUGAAAACUUCCACAUGGCUCUGUUGUACAUCUUAGCCUGGGGAGAUGCUGUGUGAAGGGACUUGGGCACAGGCUGAGUUGGGACAUCUUUUCCUGAGAAGCCCUUGAGCUGAGACUUACCUGGCAGCUGUGCAGUGACAUGCCCUGGCUCCCCUGUAUGUCCUCACAUCUUCCCAGCUCUGAAUUCAAGGACAGGCUGGCUGCAUAGGCAAAAGGAUGUGUUUUGCUGGAAGGGGAUUACUGGGUCCUCCCUCUCCCAGGGAGCUCUGAGCAUCCUCUGUUCUCCUACCUGGACUUGCAGGUACCCUGAGUGAAUUCCUCUCUUGGGGCUGCUUGCUUUUGCACUUUUUUUUGUAGUAGAAGUGUGAUCUAAAAGUUGCACCUUCUCUUCAGAAACUUAUGGUAGAUGUUGGGGUAUUAGGCCUUGGGGCUUGGAGCCUCUGAAUGUGAGGAGUUGGACAUACCUAUGAGAUGGGGAAGCUUGGACUCUUUGCAAGAUCAAGUGUGAAAUGACACGGGGAACACUUGGCCUCUUUCCUCCAGGAUUCAUUACCUACCACCCGUGUUUCCCAGGUGGGGAUGAUGGCCCAAGCAAGGCUCAUUUAUAGAUGCCAUGUGCAUGUUUUUGUUGAGUGCUGGAUACUUGGCAUUGUGCUGGGAUUCUUGGGGAGUUCAGUGGAGUAGACUGUCAUCCUUGCUUUGUCUUUAUGGUAUCCAUGAUAUUUUUGCAGAGAUUGAAAAGCCAGGCUUAUGGGACAUGUGGUUCUAAACUCCUAUAGUUUCUGCCUGUCUGUUUUUUCUCCCUCAUUCCUUCGAAUACCAGGGGAGAGGAUGUCUGUGUCCAGAGGAAACCACUUGGAAACUCAGGAGUAUAGUUCAUACAAAUAACUCUUUUAAGGAUGUCUCAAAGCUGGUACCAAAGGUUAUUUUUUUCUUCUUGCGUUCUUGUAAGCCCUGAGAUUGUGCCCUUUUCAUCUGAGGGAGCAGGUCCUCGAAUGAGGGUUGGGAUGAACACUGGGAGUGAAGGACCAUUUUUGUUUGCUUGAGAGGAGCUAUUAAAGAACACAUUACCCUACUUGAGAUCCCCUUUAAAUUGGCAGGGUACCAGAGGAGAAGAGGGCUAUGUGUACAUCCUUGGGCAGCUUAAGACUUAGGCUAUUUUCCCUCAUUGCCACUGUCUUGGGCCUUGGCAGGCUGUGUGCAGGUUGCUAGUAUUUUUUGACCAGAGGAGCCUGCAGCUUUGCUCCUGAGACUGUUUCUUACUCGUCACUUUCUAGCCUCAUCCUCUCUGUAUUAAUAUAGACUCUCAAGUCUGAUGCAGAAAAGGGCUGGAGGAGAGUGUGGUCCCUUCUUACCUCUACUGACAUGGAGUCAAUACAGACAUAAAGAAGGCUUUGCCUAGCAUGAGACUUCAGUUUGGCAAGGUUAUAUUGGGAGAGAGCUCACAAAUAAGGGUAAAGGGAGGGCUGGGAGAGGUAGAGUCUUGAUUCAUUUGAGACCUGCCUUUGAGAAGGGAUGGGGGUGGGGUGGGGCUGAGCUAUAGUCAUGGAACUUUUGCUUCUGCUGGUUUCCUCCCCUCACUCCCUUCAAAAUAAAAUGAAACAAAACUGGGACCAAUUUUUUUUUUUUUUAACUUUGCAAAUUUGUUUUUGAAUGAAUUUCCCUCUCUCCUCCCACCACGGACAAAGCUCUUUAUUUUGGGGGGCGAAGAAAAACUGAACCACACCAAUGAUAUUUUGGUUUGUAAUACUUGAAAUUUAUUUUUUUAUUAUUUUGAUAGCAGAUGUGCUAUUUAUUUAUUUAAUAUGUAUAAGGGAGCUUAAAAAUAGAAAGCUGUAUAGAUUGAGUUUAACUGUUAGUUGGUUUGGGGCCUUUUAUGUGUGACUUAUGACUUCUCUGUGUUCUGUAUAUUUGUCUGAAUUAAUGACCUGGGUUGAAGCUGCUCUGGCUUUCAAACAGGGAAUGCCUUUGAGAAAUUUGUAUAUUUUGCAAUUGCCAGAUCAAUAAAAUACCUGGUUGAAAUACA